CGCCGCCGCCGCUGCUGAGCCUCCCGCGGCGGCGGGCUCGGCGGGCCGCUCCUUGCGCGGCGGCGGGGCGGCCGGCACCUCGCGGGGCCGCAGCCGCGGGGCCGCUCCCGGCGCCCGGGAUGUCGCAGGAAAACCUGCUCGGCAUGGACGAGGCAGCGCUGAGGAAGCUGCUGGAGGCGACGCCGGACCUCGCCGAGCGGCGCCGCAUUCGCUCGGCCAUCAGGGAGCUGCAGCGGCAGGAGCUGGAGCGGGACGAGGAGGCGCUGGCGUCCAAGCGCUUCCGCUCGGAGCGGGGCAGCCACAGGCAGGACAACAAGGAGAACUGGCUGCGGUCCCAGCAGCUAGAGGAGGAACAGCAGAAGGCCCUGGCCUCCUUGUCCCAGAAACUCGAAUCGAUCACGGAUGUGGAGGAGCUGACAAAACUGCUGCGGGCGGCCAGCGAGUACGAGGAGCGCAAGCUGAUCCGCGCCGCCAUCCGCAAGCUGCGGGCUGAGGAAAUCGAAGCUGCAACCCUGGCCGGGAAUGUGCAGAGCAGCCGGAGGGAUGACGCUGAGCCGCCAACCCUGCCCGGGAGUGUGGAGAGCAGCCACGGGGGUGACAGCGUACAACCAGCCCUGGCUAGGAGCCGGGAGAGCAGCCAGAGGGAUGAUGCCGAGCCCCCAGCUCGGGGCAGGAACACGGAGAGCAGCCAGAGAGGCAACACUGAGCCACUGCCUGCGGCUGGGAGUGUGGAGAGCAGCCGGAGGGAUGAUGAUGAGCCACCAGCCCUGGCCGGGAGUAUGGGGAGUAGCCACAGGGGCAAUGCUGAACCGCCGGCUGCUGAGGAUCCUGAGCCGACCGAAGUUGAGCGCUCUGGGGCCCCUGAGCAAGGCAAUGUGGUGGAGCAGGAGCACAUCCGCGCUGAGAUCCAGGAGCUGCGCAGCGAGCAGCAGCGAGCGCCUGAAAAACCCAGUGCCCAGGAUGCAGCCUCGGGGACCCUUGUGCUCCUGGAUCUGCACCAGGCCCCAGAGUCCUGUCCGGUGCCCGGGCCGGAGCCCGAAGAGCACACCGAGGAGCUGGAGCAAGGCCGGCCGUGCGCCGAGCUUGCCGCUCGGGCUGAGUUGCAGUAUCAAGCCUCCUGGAAGGAAAAGAGCCCAGACAACCCCGCUGCCACGCGAGAGCCUGGAGCGGAGCAGCUGGAGACGCCCCACAGCAUGGGGGAGAGCUGCCGGGUGGAGCAGGCUCUUCCGCGACAGCCCUGUGCCGUUAGGCCGGGCAGCCAGUUUGUCGUCUGCGUGCGGGGCCAGAUGCUGGAGAAGGCGGGAAGUCCUCCUGUGGAGAAGCACGCAGCGCCCGCCCAGCGCGGAGCAGGGACCCCGGCCCGCCCGGACACUCACCGCUGGGAGCCGGCGCCUUCCUCCCCGCGCCCAGCUGGCCGCGCAGAGCCGAGCCCCGCCGGGCCCCUGCAGCGGGCCGCCUCCGUGCGCGAGCGCGCCCGCAAGUUCAGCGCCGAGGCCCCCGCGCCCAGCGCCGCGGCGGCCGCCCGCAACGCGGCCCCGGCGGGCAGUGCGGGCCGGCGGCGGGCGGCGGCGGGCGGCCCCGAGGGGGCGGGCGGCGGCGCGGCGGGGCGGGCCGGGCCCGGCCAAUGGCAGCGGGGGCCGCGCGCGGCCCCGCCGGGCCCCGCUCAAAACGCGCGGGGCGGCGGCGGGGGCGCAGAGCAGCGCCCGGUCCCGCCGCCCGCCGGCCCCCGCCCCGCCGGCCCCGACGCCAUGAAGACCUGCUUCACCAUCGAGAUCAAGGAUGGGCGCAUGCAGCCCCUCGGCACCCGCGUCGUGGGGGCCCCCAGCAGCCAGCGGGCAGAGCUGAACCUGGGGCUGAGGAGCACUCCCAUCCGCAUCACCACCGUCCCCAGCAGCAGCAGCAGCAAUGUCACCAAGAUGGAGCCAGAGCUGGUGGAGCAGCCCCAAGCACCGAGGCUGGAACCAGAGCUUCCCAAUGGCAUGGAGAAAGCCCAAGUGAGGGAGCUGGAGAAGAGGAGCAAGCUGAGUGUCGAGGAGCUGAACAGGAUCGAGGACGAGGAUGUUCUGGAUAAGAUGCUGGAUCAGACGACAGACUUUGAGGAGCGGCGAUUGAUCCGUGCCGCCAUGCGGGAGCUGCGCCAGCGUAAGCGAGAGCAGCGGGAGAAAGAGCGGAACCAGCAGCUGCAGGAGCUGAAGAGCCAGGCUGCAGCAGGGAGGGCAGGCCAUAACACAGAGACCACCACCACGCAGAGCACCCAGUCGGCCGACGGCUCGGCCCGCAGCACAGUCACCAAAACCGAGCGCCUCAUCCAGUCUAACGAUGGCACCAAGACUUCCCGUAUGACAACCAUGGAGUCGAGUUACGUGAAGAGACAAGACAAUGGCAGCAGUACAUUUGUUCAAACCAAAUCAUCCUACAGCUCUUCUUCCAAGAAGAUGGGCAGCAUCUUUGACCGUGAAGACGAGAGUGCCUCAAGACAGAGCAGCCUGGCUGCGCUGGAGCGGCGCCAGGCUGAGAAGAAGAAGGAGCUGAUGAAAGCUCAGAGCCUGCCCAAGACAUCUGCCUCACAGGCUCGCAAGGCCAUGAUUGAGAAGCUGCAGAAGGAAGGCGGCAGUCCUGCAAACCCUGCGGUGUCACGCACAGCUGUGCAGCGCUCCUCCAGCUUUGGCGUUCCCAAUGCCAACAGCAUCAAGCAGAUGUUGCUGGACUGGUGCAGAGCCAAGACCCGGGGCUACGAGCAUGUGGACAUCCAGAACUUCUCGUCCAGCUGGAGUGAUGGCAUGGCCUUCUGUGCCUUGGUCCACAACUUUUUCCCUGAGGCUUUUGACUACAGCCAGCUCACGCCCCAGAACCGCCGUCGCAACUUCGAGGUGGCCUUCUCCUCUGCAGAGAUGCUGGUGGACUGCGUGCCCCUGGUGGAGGUGGAAGACAUGAUGAUCAUGGGGAAGAAGCCGGACUCCAAGUGCGUCUUUACCUACGUGCAGUCUCUCUACAAUCACCUGCGUCGCCACGAGUUGCGCUUGCGGCAGAAAGAAUGCUAGAGCCUGGCCUGGCCUGCAGCUGACCAACACCUCACCGCCCCCCUCUCCCCCCAGGGACGCUGGUGCGCGGAGGAGCUGCCCGCCCCAGCGGAGAGGCUGGCAGGAGGAGCCCAGUGAUGCUGAGGGAUUGGCGCUGAGGAGGGGGGGCUCUGCCAUCCUGGGUUACCCCACGCUUGGGCCUUGCUGGAGCUCCCUCUGUCAGCCUCUGCCCGCGGCUGGCUGAGAGCUGAACCUGCAGGCAGGGCAGGACGGAGUCAGGUGGCCCCUGCCAAGGAUGCCACCUCCCUGCUUCCAGCUGGGCUCUCCUCCUCCCCUCCUGCUCUCUAUUGUAUUAAGUUAUUUGUCCUCAAGGAGUUGUUCGUAUUGUGGGCAGCGCCCCUGCUCCCUCAGGGAGGCCAGGGCACAGCUGUGCCCCUCAGGCCUUGGGCCUGCUUGGGUCCCUGCAUCCAGCAGUCUGGGCGGGCUCGUGGGGCUCUUGGCCACCCCCCCCAGCCAGCCGGCCCUGAGAGCCAGGGCCCACCUGGCCCACGUCUCUGUCAGGAGUUGCUGGUUACGGUGCAUCCAUGAGACAGAGCACCCGGUUCUCCAGGCGGCCCCAGAGACAGCUGCUCUCCUUGGCAUCGCGCAAGGAAGCCUCUCUGCCCACCACAGUCCCUGCUCGGUGCCACCUCCCUCAGGAUGGCUCCACGGCACCCGUGCUGACACCCUGCUUCCCACCGCGCACCUGUGCCCAGGGGCACUUCCACACCGGGGAUCUGCAGCAUCUUUGUGCUGGGGAGCUGGAGGGGUGAUGGGGAGGGCUCAAAGGGAAACGAGGGGCCCGAGGUGCAGGCCGGGGCCGCGGGCCCAGCCAGCCCCUGCUCUCCUCCCCAGCUCUGGGCACUGUGUGCUCAGCACCACUCACCCCUUCAUCACUGUCUCUACACCUGCGUUGACACGUGUACCAACACCAGCCAGACAAUAAAGGUUUAUUCUACAGGG